AUGCAGGUGGAAAUUUUGGGGAAUGUUCAAUUUACAGGGGAGACUCUGCCGAAAUUUUCGGCAGAAAGUCUCGUGCCCUUAAUCCUCUCUGGUAAAAGAGGACGUAGUUUAAGGAGUGAACCCGGCGUGGGUGUGAUGCCGGGGUCUCCGCAGGGUUCGUCUCGGGUUCCGGGAAAUUCGGGACGGGUCCUGUCAGCUUGGUAUCAGAGCUUAGGUUCAAUUUCUUGUGGACCCCGCACCUUGUGUGCAUCCUUAAGUUGUGGGAUCAUGAUGGGUUCCGUCACGGGACGGUGUCACGUUCCUAGAAACGUGUCUAUCCAAAUUGUCGCAUCUCAAUAUCCUAUGGAAGGAAAUGGAGGAGCUGAAAAUAUUGAAUCCGAUGAGAUGAAAUUGUCAGAGGAAGUUGAUGGACAAGUUACAAGGGAAUGGAAGAGUUGUGAGUCCGACCAAGGAGGGUCGUGA